UUGGUCACAGUCUGGAAUUUUGAACUGUACAUGAUCCCCCUGGCAUUAUUGCUGCUCUUUGUCUACAAUUUCAUCAGACCCAUGAAAGGCAAAGUCAGCAGUCUGCAGGACACACAGGACAGCAUAGACAUGGAUGACGAGGAGGACGAAGAUGACAAGGAAUCCGAGAAAAAGGGGUUCAUUGAGAGAAUCUAUAUGGUACAGGAUAUUGUUUCAACUGUUCAAAACAUCUUGGAGGAAAUAGCUUCUUUUGGAGAAAGAAUUAAAAACACAUUUAACUGGAUGGUCCCAUUCCUUUCGCUGCUGGCCUGUUUGAUUCUGGCAGUCACCACAGUCAUUUUGUAUUUCAUUCCACUGCGGUACAUCAUUUUAAUCUGGGGCAUAAAUAAAUUUACUAAGAAACUUCGAAAUCCCUAUGCCAUCGACAAUAAUGAGCUUCUAGAUUUCCUCUCCAGGGUACCGUCUGAUGUUCAAAAGGUGCAGUACACGGAAUUGAAACUCUGCAGCAGCCACAGCCCCCUGCGGAAAAAGCGCAGCGCUCUCUAGGACACACAAGGACGCUGGGCACCAGCACCCGAGAUUGUGCUUGGUUGAUCAGACCAAUGUUACGGCUGUUUCAUUGGUACCCACAGUGUCCUUUUGAACUGUGUGCUGUGUGCAGCCCUCUCUGCAGUCUCCUCCCUUCUUCCUAUGCACAGAAUCACCCACGUGUGAAUGCACAGCCCCAUGCAAGGGUGGCCUAGGUGCAUAGAGGCCCAGCCCAGCAGAAGGAAGCAAUCGCCAGACCACAAAAGACUAACAUCUGUUCUCUAAUGGGAGAUAAAGCAGGGCUGCCAUGGGUCUGAACAGCUAGGAGACCACUUGAUUGCAGAGUGACAUUGAACUUGUUUUUACACCUCCAACAGAUUCUCAUUAAGAUUCAUUUAGUUCCACCCCACCCCCACACUCCUUUCAGAUUAUUGUUUGGGUGAGUAAGUUUCUGCUGUGAGCUAACAAGUCACUGAUAGCCAUCUUCUGUCCAAAUAAUGUAUAUUAGAAAAAGAUUUUUUAAUAAUGACCAGAAUUAGCCCAAAUCUUUAGGAAUCCUUCUGCUGUGAUUGCUAAGGGCCUUUAUGUAAAUUUUUGGUAGACCCCCUCGGUGCUGGAUGUCAGCUGCCUCAGCGCCCAUUGCUGGCAAUGGGUGACCCAGGUAGGGCCCAAGGGACUCACUGGAAGAGUGAGGGUUUCAUGAAAGUAUUUGGUUUCCUUAAAACGUCAUUUCUUCUCACUUUACUUUUUGCUUAUUUCCAAAAUGCCAAUAAUCUGCUUCAGAAGGGUGGGAGAGGAUGAAUGAGUGAAUUCUGAGAGUAUUUCGAAAGACGAAGGGCUGGAGAGCAAGGGACUAAUAAAUGAAGCUACUGAACUUAUCAUCAUAAUCAUUUCAUUUGCCUGAAUGUUUUGAGUAGAAAGUAAAAAUACUUUGUCCAAAUUUAUCUCUUGUUCUUCUUAGGGACAAAAUAAGUCACGUACAAUAAAAAUUUAUUUCAGAACCCAUUCCUAGAAAAGUACCACUCAAAAUCCUCCUUUGAUACCAUCUGACUCCUGCAGAUCCCACCUUCCCAUGUACUCUCCCCCCACCCCCACCAAGUAAAAAUGCCAAUUUUGUGCAUAUAUAAAAUGUAUGCAAAUAUCUUUCUGUUCAAAUGAUAUUUAAGUUACUUUGUAUGUGCAGUUUUAUAUGUGUAUAUGUAUUGUAAAGAAAAAUUGAGGUAAAAAACCUAA